GUCGAAAACAAGUUGCCAACUGUCGUUUUCUGCGCUGAAACUCCUGCCUUGCGUCUCUGCAACAUUGAAUUCAAAUUUGAAAACGUAGCUAAAACAAACAUGGCAGACGAAGAGAAUUUACCGUCCGGAUGGGAGAAAAGAAUGAGCCGUAGUUCAGGCAAAGUGUAUUACUUUAAUCACAUCACCAAUGCCAGCCAGUGGGAACGCCCAGUGGGAGACGGCCGUGGAGAACCAGAAAAGGUACGCUGCUCUCAUCUGUUGGUGAAACAUAAUCAGUCACGUCGUCCGUCUUCCUGGAGAGAGCAAAAUAUCACACGUACCAAAGAUGAAGCCUUGGACCUCAUUCAGAAAUACAUCGAACAGAUCAAGUCUGGAGAGGAGAAAUUUGAAAGCUUAGCCUCUCAGUUCAGUGACUGCAGCUCAGCGAAAAACGGUGGAGAUCUUGGAGUAUUUGGCAGAGGUCAAAUGCAAAAGCCUUUUGAAGACGCCUCCUUUGCUCUUAAAGUCGGAGACAUGAGUGGCCCCGUUUUUACCGACUCUGGAGUUCACAUCAUCUUGCGCACUGGCUGAAAAGGGAGACAUCAAAUUCUCUCUCCCUCUCUAUAACCACAUGCAUUCACUGAAACUAACCCAAGCAGGCUUGCCAUUUGUUUAAACUGCAGUCAUCGCCCCACUACGUCAAUCAUACAACCUGCACUGAUAUUUUAGAUGGGAUUAUUUGUUCCAUCUCUUAAGAAGAGGUGUGAUUAUUAAAAUUACUCUGAACAUAAAAGACUUUUCCUGAAGACUUUUAAGCUUUUAUCUAAUAGCAACACUAUGAUGGAAUGAACAGUGCCUGGUGUGGGGCUGAGCCCCUAUAAGCAGAUGCAAGACGAACUUGUAACCUACAUGUGCAUGUCUUCAAGAUGAACCAUUUAUUGUUAGAUUUUGUUUCUUUCUUCUCCAUUACUGUUCUGUGCCAAAGCAGUUCCUAUAUCUGAACAAGGCUUUCCUGAAUUAUAAGUAGGAUGUUUCAAAUGUGCUUAAGAUGUCACACAUUGCUGUAUAUGGAGAAUAAGAUGUUAUUUGGGUUUUUUUCUGCACAUUCUGGACUUUCUUCCACAUUCUAAAGCUAACAAUUUGUUAAUCUAAAAUAAUACAUUAGAAAGUCCAUGUUUAAUUUAAAAAUGGCAUUGAAAGCUUGUAGGUUUUAACUUGGGGUCCCACAGCUUUUAUAAGCAUCAAUAUUCAUAUUAUUUGUUGACACUGUAACUGGGAAAUAAACUAUAAAUACAACA